GAAGCGAUGAAACGUGAGUGUCCAUUCCAAAGUUGUACACCAUUUCGUGCUCAAGGGUAUUCGAUCUGUGGCUUUGUCGGUCAUUGAGUGAGAAAUACACAAUGGAACUCGGACUGCCAAGGCCAUGGCUGUGAAUGAAAGAGGUCAGACCUCGUAACAAGGAGACUGACGAUGUAGCAAUAGUUUACCACAACUGUGUGGUAAACUCCCUACUGCAGUGGCGAGGCCAUGCUGUUCAACUCGCUGCUCGGUGACGCACGGCCGGUCCAUGGCAUCCUGUCCUCGCCUGUCCGGGGGCUAAUCGAACUAACGGCACAUAAGUGCAAUUCAUCACACGCAGCUGAAUACCAAUUAUCACUUUGCCAUGGAGAAGCACGGCGGCUUCAGCAGAGUACAAGGCCAAAAGGUUUCUGCCUGCAAGAGCACCAAUUUGCAUUUAUGAGGGGAAACUCAGCGGCUUUCUGAUUCUGCAGAUGGGAGGCGAUGUCACAUGUUGAUACGCAGGUCUUGGAGAAAGGUGGACAUUACGACAGAGAUGUUACGUGUGAAUUGUCGAGUAUGUGUGCUUCAUUGCUACCUUGAAGCGUACGAAAUGAUCGUAAUGGGUUAAUGUAUCCUCCAGCUUUUACAAUCCCAACGGGGUGACACUUCCUGAA